AUGCCAGUUAGGGAACCAAGCAUUUCUGCACUACAUGAAACUAAUUUAGAUAUUUCAAAAAAUGUGAUACGAAGAACUCAAAAUAUUUUAUCAAGUCCAACUGGUGAAAUGCUUCUACAAGUUUCUAAAGAAUUAUUAAGUCGAUCUUUUGGAAACGAAAAAUCACUUAGUUUAAAUUUAACAAAUUUUAUAAUUAUUCUAUUUUUAAAAAUAUUAAUUUUUAUUGCUGGAUUUGUUGGUGCUGGAUCAUGGACAAUGUUUGCUCGUGGACUAAACAAUGUUCAAGGUGAAUAUUGGAUGACAAAAAAUGAAAAGAAUUUGUAUUUGGGAUUUUUAGCAGCUGAAGCUGGCAAUUAUGGAUGUCUAUCAAAAGCAGCAUGUCAAGAUCCCGGCUUAGCAAAACAGUAUGCACAUGCAGCGCGUGCUUUAUUAAACGGAUAUCAAAAGUUUAGUCAAAAAUCAGCAACUGAUGAUAUGGCAGACUAUAUAGAAUUAAUAAAAAUUAUAGAAGAAGGAUCAAUGAAAGGUUAUAGAGGAAUAACUUGUGAUAUGUUUAAUUGUAAACUUUAG